AUGUCAGAGAGUGAGUCAGUGAGUGUCUCAGUGGGUGAGUCAGUGAGUGAGUCAGUGAGUAAGUCAGUGAGUGAGACAGUGAGUGAGCCAGUGAGUGAGCCAGUGAGUGAGCCAGUGAGUGAGUCAGUCAAUGAGUCAGUCAACUGUGGUGCUGUUCCGGUCAUUGCUGGUGUGACAGUUACACAACCUGCUACAACAUUGUUGGGCGACACGACACCAUACAGUUGCGACGCGCCAUUAACUGGAACAGGAAACAUAGAGUGUCAGGCCAAUGGAUGGUCAACACCAGCACCUUGUGACUGUGGUGCUGUUCCGGUCAUUGCUGGUGUGACAGUUACACAACCUGCUACAACAUUGGUUGGCGCAACGACACCAUACACUUUCGACGCGCCAUUAACUGGAACAGGAAACAUACAGUGUCAGGCCACGGGAUGGACAACACCAGCACCUUGUGUGGACAAAAAUUCAACCACUACACCUAUUGGUGGAAAAGCAACCUACACAUGCAAUCCCAAUCUUGUCAUCAACGGUGUAGAUAAGCCAUCAUGCACAGCCAACGGUUGGAAUAGUACACAACCCACAUGCGAGUGCCCAGUGUUAACAUCUCCUGAAUAUGGAGCGGUAGACAAGGUUUCAAACACUACACCUAUUGGUGGAGUUGCAACCUACACAUGCAAUCCCAAUCUUGUCAUCAACGGUGUUGAUACGCCAUCAUGCACAGACAACGGUUGGAAUAGUACAAAACCCACAUGCGAGUGCCCAGUGUUAACAGCUCCUGAACAUGGAUCAGUGGACAAGAAUUCAAUCACUACAGCUGUUGGUGGACUAGCAACCUACACAUGCAAUCCCAAUCUUGUCAUCAACGGUGUAGAUAAGCCAUCAUGCACAGCCAACGGUUGGAAUAGUACUAAGCCCACAUGCGGUACGUUCUGA